CUUUCAUCGCAUCCGAUCAACAGCAAACAACCAAGAAGCAAGCAAACCAAAGAAAGAGCACGACUUUUGCAUCGUCAGCAGCCGCCCUGCCUGCGCGUUCACACGUUCAUCGUAACCCAUUGACACCUCCUUUCUUUCUCUGCUCUUCCCGUGCUCAAGCAACACCGGCUGAUGGCAGAUGUGAGGUGACCCUUGUGCCCUGUUAUUUUACAGCAGCCCGGGUGAAGCCGUUCGGUUACUUGGAGUUUGCCGCAAGCAAGGCCAUCACCUUCUUCGUGCUCAUUGUAUCUUGUUUGGGGGAGGGCGCAACUCCUCCCUGCGCACCGCUUCUUCCGAAGUCAGCCCAGAGCCCGUUACCCACGUUCCCUCGCUUCCGUUACCAGCUGCAAACAGAGACGCCAAGAGCAACCACCAUCCAUACAUUUGAUUGUGCAGUCAUGGGUCGCCAGGGCCUUCCAGCGGUGCUGUGGCGCGCCACACGGCAGGUUUCCUUCUACGAUCGCCGCUUCAAGGAGCAUGCUGCCAGGCCCAUGCAUCGCGUGAGCCUGGAACACCUGGUGAAGUUUGACCUCAUGUUUUCAGACAAGGCGCGCAUGCUGCUGCAGAGCGCCAACUUCCUGAGAACCGCGCUGCCGGUGCGCCUGGCGCGGCGCAUCCUUGACAUCCACUCGCUGCCGUACAUCUGCGGCAUCAACCCGCACAUCCAGAAGAUCCACGAAAUCUACGUCGACAUCUUCAACGAGUUUGUGGACAUGCCGCAGAUUCGCGACCUGGAUGAGGAAAAGGUCUUCGUUUCCGCUCUGCGCAGACAGCUCGAGGUCAGCAGGCAGAUCUUGCCCAGCCUGGCCCGGGCUUCCAACGAGCUUGCCUCCCACAUGGACCACGGCGACCUUACCAAGUUCCUCAACACCAUGAUCGAAAGGGCUGCAAGCAAAGGCGACAACGAGGAGGACAAGGGUGUUCCAAGCAUCAAUUUGCACAUUUAUUCAUCUGCAGACCAGACUGUGUUCUGUCUCACAGACAGGGGCGGUGGGAUUCCUGCACACGUUGAGCCACACAUCUUCGAUUACGCAUUCACGACCAUUGGCGCCCAAGAAGCACCUGGCACGGCCGAUGGCUUUGGACACCUUCUUCACGGCACGCCAAUGGCUGGCGAAGGGUUUGGGCUGCCGAUGGCGCGCAUCUACGCGCGGUACUUUGGCGGAGAUCUCACCGUCCAGAACAUCCUCAACUUUGGCGUGGAGACGUUUCUGAAGCUGAAACACCUGGACCGGGCCGCGUAUCUUAAGCGCAUCGAGGAGAACUUGGACAGUGACAGCGUCAACCGCACAGCGCCCGAUUCCAAUGGCGCUCAUCAUCGUCAUCAUCAUCAUCAUCGUCGUCGUCGCAGCGGCGGUGAAGCGGGGAAGAGCGAGCUGCACUCGCAACAGCUGCCGUCGCCUCCUGUCCCGACGGAUACGAAGAGCACACGCGCGCCGCCACCGGAAGCGUGAGGGCCUCAGGCAACAGCUGCUCGUGAAUUGUGACGCUGGUUGUGUUAUUCGCCCCAGUCUGCGUGUGCGUGUGCGUGUGUGUGUGUGCGUGUGCGUGUGUGUGUGU